AUGGCAGGCCCAUCUCCAUCCCCUGAAUCAAAACAACCCCUCACUAUUGUCACCUCCUCCUUCCAGGAAUUUACGCCCGAAGCCCCCCCCUCUCCCCCUCGUUCAACCCUGCUUCAGCACGCCAACACAGCCCUCACAGCUAUCAGUGCGGUCUUCGGUCUCAUAAUCAUGGCUACUGCAGCAGAUACGCUUAGCGUCUAUCAUUCUACACAUCUAGGCUCUGAAUUUCAUUUACCGGUCUGGCCUCAAAGUUUCGAUAUCAAACCUACGAUUGCGGGGGUUGUUUGUGGGGUUCUUAUCUUUGUGAUGAAUUCUGUGGCGCUUGUGGGGCAGCUUGUUCCUGCUUUCAGACGAAACCCCCUGUCCCUCCUCACCAAGCUUAUCACUAUCCUACCCCUUGCCAUCGCUCUUAUCGCUGCAAUUGUCGGCACAGUAAUGCCCCUCAACGCCUUAACUUCCUCGACAAGCUGGUCUGUUCAAUCGUGGAGUUGCCAAUGGUCAAACAUCAAUACAUCAACGGCACCGCAUUGGGGUACGUUGUGCUCGGAAAGUAAAGCUGCGGGAAUCAUGAGUGUAUGUGUGAUCCCGUUGGAUGCGUUGAUCAUAGCUUCGAUGCUAGCUUCAAUGGUGAUGGGAGGGCAGGGAACUGGAGGUGUGGCAAGGGGACAGUGGGAGAGAAAGGGAAGUCAGGGUGAUAAAUUGUAA